AUGCGAAUCGAAAGAAUAAAUACCGGAACAUCACCAUUCGAUAGAAGCUUGACUAUUGAAUUUGAUUCAAAUUCAAAGUCCACUUUUGAUUGGAUAUUUUUGAGAGAUAACUGUCUCUGUAAAGAAUGCAUUCAUCCCGAAACUAAGCAACGUAUCUUCGAUACUUUCAAUUCUCUGCCUUUUGAGACGGUUAGAGACAAGGAUGGAACUAUUCAAAUUAUCAACGAUCACCACAGUAAAGUUCGCUUCGAAUGCAAUAAUGACACGCUCGUGAGUUUGUGGCAAGAUGGCCAUAUAUCUCAUUUCCCAGAGAAAUGGCUUCUCACACAUUCCUAUGCUCCCCAGCUGUACAAGGAUAUUCAUAUUUUACCUUCUAAGAUUUCAUGGGAUAGUACUUCUUUUUUACAAUUGAAAGCUGAUAAUUUCCGAAACUCAUAUACUCAGAUCGAAAAGAAUCUGCCUCGAGUUCUUCAUGAAAUAUACACUUACGGUUUUUCCUUUGUACAAGAUGUCCCUGUGACAUUAGAGGCUACGAGGCAAGUCUCAGAAUUGAUUUCCAUCAUAAGGCCUACUCAUUAUGACUUGGGUGUUUGGGAUUUUACAUCGGACCUCUCAAAAAAGGACACUGCCUAUACGUCGCUUGUUAUCGACAUGCAUACAGAUGGAAACUACUGGUAUGAACUACCUGGAUUGCAACUUUUUCAUUUACUGGAGCACUCUAAUGGUGAAGGUGGCGAAACUAGGAUCGUUGAUAUUUGCAAGAUUGUUGAUGUAUUGAUUUCUUUAUCUAAAAAAGACCGCAGUUGGAAAACUACUCUUGAAGUUCUGACCAAGCAGCCAAUUUACUUUCAUCAGGCUGGAGAAACUGACACAUGUUUCCAGCAGGACAGCUAUCCUACUCUCACUCUGGAUAAGCAGUCGAAGCUCGUUCAAUGUCGUUGGAACACCAGCGAUCGCUCGCCAAAGAUUUCUAAUCAAAGUGGUUUUUUAGUGCAUCAAGUUUAUGAAGCACUGUUCAGGUUCAAUGCCCUCAUCAAUGACCCAAAGUACUAUGUUCAAUUUCAACUGAAGCCAGGCACAAUCCUCGUAUUCGAUAAUUGGAGAAUUUUACACGCAAGAACAGCCUUCACGGGUCACAGAAGAUUAUGCGGUUCUUACUUGACGCGCGAUGACUUCCUUGCAAGGUUAAGAAGUUUAUCGUGUGAGCGGUCUCAAUUGCUCAACAACCUUUGA